AUGGUAACUGUGAGGUCUGUUAGUGCUAUUGUUGCUUCUAGAGGUUGGAACAUUUCACAAAUGGAUAAAUAUAAUGCAUUCUUGGGGGGAGAUUUGUAUGAGGAAGUGUAUAUCGAACUUCCUCAAGAUUUCAGGAGACAGAGGGAUACAAAGGUUAUGUUCAAAGACUUCAUGACUACUUCUUGUUCACUAAGAAAAAAGGGGGAAGAUUUUGUGGCAGUGUUGAUAUAUGUAGAUGACUUGUUGAUAACUGGGAAUAGCACACAGUUCAUCAGUGAGACUAAGGUUGUGCUUCACCAACAGUUUAAGGUCAAAGAUCUUGGUGAUCUUAAAUACUUCCUGAGAAUUGAAGUGUUGAGAUCCAAGAGUGGAAUUUUGUUGAAUCAAAGGAAAUAUUGUCUUCAGCUAAUCUUUGAUUUAGGCUUAGGUGGUGCCAAGCCUUGCAAACUCAGUCAGUUCAUGCAAGAGCCCAAAAAGUUUCAUUGGGGUGCAACUGUGAGAGUUGUCAAAUACAUUAAACAAGAGCCAGGGAUGAGAAUAUUUCUAUGUAGAUCUAAUGGAGACAGCUUGACCCGUUUCUGUGAUGCUGAUUGGGCAAGCUGCCCAAACACACGCAGAUCAGUCACUGUAUACUUGAUCAAAUUUGGCGAUUCACUCAUAUCUUGGAAGUCUAAAAAGCAGCAUAUAGUGUCAAGAAGCUCUGCAGAGGCAGAGUAUCGAAGUCUAGUAGCAGUGACAGCAGAAAUUGUGUGGUUGUUGGGCCUAUUUGCUGAGUUUGGAGUGAUUAUCAAGCAGCAUGUGAAUGUUUAUUGUGAUACCAAGGCUUCUUUACAAUUUGCAACUAAUCAUAUCUUCCAUGAACGUACUAAACAUAUAGAGAUAGACUGCUAUUUUGUGCUGACAAGAUUAAACAAACGCACUCAUGCCUCAUUUUGUGGGGACGAAGGAUCAACAUGCUGA